AUGAAAAUUGAAGUAGAUACCUCCCGAGAAGUCGGCAACGUCCAAAGUCCUCCAGCGAGUCGAGUCCAGGCUGAAGCGAGUGAAACUUUGCGUUCUUAUGCCGAAGUUGGUUCGGACCUGGAAACUAGCGAUGAGGAUGGCGCUUAUAGAUCCAACGACGACUGCGUCAGAGAGCAAGCCAACGCUGGCAAAAGUCAGCUAGGGCCCCAGGGCUAUUCUGUUGCAAGCGACAUGAAUUCAUCUGCAGUUGACGUUGAAGAUAGUAACGAGAGCAGCGAGAAUUACCAUGCUGAUGAGACCUCGGACGACGGCAGGGGUUCUGAUGAUGACGACACUGGCGUUGAGAACUGCCAAGAGAGGGUGGUUCUCAGAGAGUUCCCUGGCUCGCCUGUUGCUAGAGACACAGUUCUCGGCGAUUCAGCUCACGCACCAGUUGGUUCCUUGGGUGGGUUGAAAGAGCCUCAAACAGGCGGUUUUUCACUACCUACCCCAGCGUCUGAUCACGCCUCCGAUUCCGGGAAAGGGGGCCAAAUUGUUACCCGUGAGAGGAAACGUGAUUUCGGCACAACUGGAGGUGUUUGCGAGAACCUUAAACUACAGUACACCCGGCUAAACGGAUAA